CCCCGGCUGCACGCGGCCUCCGGGGCGGCCGCCGCCCGGCUGCUCAAGCCCGAGCUGCAGGUGUGCGUGUUUUGCCGGAACAACAAGGAGGCGGUGGCGCUCUACACCACCCACAUCCUGAAGGGACCCGACGGGCGAGUGCUGUGCCCGGUGCUGCGCCGCUACACGUGUCCCCUGUGCGGUGCCAGCGGCGACAACGCGCACACCAUCAAGUACUGCCCGCUCUCCAAAGUGCCGCCGCCCGCCGCCCGGCCGGCCCCGCGCUGCCCCAGGGACGGCCUGCCCGGCAAGAAGCUGCGCUGAGCCCGGCCCGCCCCCGCCGGGGUCGCGGCCCGCCCACUCUCCUUUUUGGGUCUGCGCACCGUCUCUUCCUGUUGGGGGAGGGCGUGGAGCUCAGUCCUCGGUUCUCCUUGGGAUGUCGUCUUGGUGUUUUGGUUGUUUUUUUUUCAAAGCAAGCCGGCCAUUCGGAGUUCUGUGGUUGAGACAAGACGCUAAAAUCUUGAUUUAUCUCUAGUUUCUAGUCUGUGCACAUCCGGACGGUGAAGGCUGUGUGUAUCCCACUAACGGAAACGUGGCAACUUAGAGGCGCUAUUUAUUUACUCUAUACUUCGACCUAUUUUAGAUGCGCAUCGGUAUGAAAUUGUCUCAGUCUAAUCUUGGGUGUUUAAUUGUAUUAAUGGAGGCACUUUACUAGGUCUAGAAUAUUUUUUUAAAAGCCUCUUUAUUGAACUUAAAACUGGCGAUUUUAUGGAAUGUCGGCAAAAUGACUUUUAUUGUUUGAAACAGUAUUUAGUUGUCCUUACUCAGUUACUCUAAUUCCAGGUGAAGCGAGCCCCUGGUAGAGUCCGUUUGGAGAAGGGAAGGUUUAGUAAACUUUCCGGUAUUACUUUGUGUGGGCAUUCCCUCCGUGUGGCUUGUUUCUGUCCUAGCGGGAGGUGUAAAAACGCACCGUCUGUAGCAGGUAGAGCACAGCUCCUUAUUCUCUUAUGUACCAGGUCUUUUAUUACUUCAGUAGCAACUAACAUUUCCCACCUUUAAAAAAAUGUGCCGCUAUAAAUCAUGUUGUGUAUACACUUGGAAAUGGUGCUGUUAAAAGAAAUUGACUUGUGUAUUUAUACAGUAACAGUAUAUGAAUUCAUUACUCUUA